GAGAGAGGAUGGCUCAGGAGACCAACCAGACCCAGGUGCCCCUGCUCUGCACCACGGGCUGUGGGUUUUAUGGCAGCCCCCGCACCAACGGGAUGUGCUCUGUUUGCUAUAAGGAGUUUCUGCAGAGGCAGCAGAGCAGUGACCGGCUCAGCCCCCCAGCCCCCAGUGGUGCCACCAGCAGCCCCAUGGCUGCCGACUCGGUCGCCGGGCAGCGCGCAGAGGGAGACUCCACGCCUGAGGAUGCAAAAGCCAGUGCUCAGACUCCUGUGACCCAUCAGAUGACAGCCAUGAGCAUAUCCAGAGAAGAAACCAGCAGUGAGGCAGAGGAGUUCACCAAGACAGAAGAAGCCUCAUCAGCAUCUUCCUCAUCAGGUACCCUGCUGGAAAUAUCCCAGAACACAGCUGAGGGCAAGACAGCUCCAGAAAAACCGAAGCCAAAGAAGAAUCGUUGCUUCACUUGCCGGAAGAAGAUCGGGCUGACUGGCUUCGACUGCCGCUGUGGGAACUUGUUCUGUGCCAUUCACCGGUACUCGGACAUGCACGCCUGCCCCUACGACUACAAGGCAGAAGCUGCUGAGAAGAUCCGGAAGGAGAACCCCAUCGUUAUUGCUGAGAAGAUCCAGAAGUUGUGAAAGGGGGCUGAGCAGCUGGAACUGCAGCCAGGUGGCCUGGUGCUCCUCCUCUUCCUCCCAGCUUUCCUUCGCUUCCUCCCAGCCCCG